GCUGUCCGCCUUCCGGCAGUUUCACUCCAAUUAAUGCCAGGCUGCACCGCAAUCGGGCUUCCGUUACAGUAGGCGGUGCAGCAACCCCUCCCUCUCUCUCUCGAUCAACUGCUAUGGUCCCUCUGAGAAGCUUAUCCAGAGCUGCUGGACAUGUCCACCAUCUAGCUCUGCCCCGACCUUCAUCUUUCCCCAUCGUUCAUCGCGUGCAGCUAUUGCAGCAGCAUCUCAGAGAGUCCAGCUCGACGAGCGCCAGUACGACCAACAACUCUCUUGAUUCGUUCACCCCGCUUGGGUCGCGGAGAGUAUCGAUGGAUGCCAAAGCAAAGCAACAAUAUCUCGCGGAUUCUCCGCCGACGGUGGUGAGGCUAGAAAUCAAGCCGCACUGGGAGAAAUUGAAGAGUGACAGGUCAAGAAAAUACGCGCACUUCCUGAGCAGAGCUGCCUUCGAAGGAACUCGCGUGACUUUGCGACAGGUCUCACCCGAAUCAGAGCCGAUAUACGACCUGAUCAUCUCUCUCUAUCACGCCAGCAAGGGUAACUGGUCAGAUCUCGCUCAGAAGACAAAUGUUAGCCAGGAGGAUCUGCGUUUCUUCCUCGAGUAUGCCGCCCAAUUCCUGGGCAACUGCGGCAAUUAUAAAGGCUUUGGUGACUCGAAGAUCAUUCCGAGAAUCUCGCCAGCUGCUCUGAAGGCACUGGCUUCCGCUAGUCCUGAAGCAACGGCAGCUUGGGAGAAGGCGAACACUUCUGGAGGUGGCAUUUACGAGACUGAUGAUCCGGCUCUGAUGCAUCUGGGUUACCCAGAGAGCAAGCAUAUGACCACGUAUUAUCCCGAUUCUCCGUCGAUCACGAAGGAUGAGAUCACUGCGAUUGGAGACUUCCUGGAGAAGAAGGGCCUCCCGUUGGAGAAUACGAGACUUAGGAAGACCAAUAAUGGAGACUUUGAACUGUUGAUCGCAUCUGCUAUGCCCUCGCCUCCGGCACAGGACAGGGACCUGGGAGAUGCUGCCCACUGGCAAUUGGAGGGCAAGCUUCAGGGGAAGAAGCUCACUCUUGUUUUCGGUGACUAUUCCGAGGAGAUGGCAAGAAUUGCCAACAGCAUAGAGCAAGCCGCUCUCAAUGCUGAGACCGACAGGCAGAAGAAAAUGCUCGAACAAUAUGCUAAAUCUUUCAAGACCGGUUCCAUCGAGGCCUUUAAGGAAAGCCAAAGGAUCUGGGUCAAAGACCAGGGCCCUGAGAUCGAGACCAAUAUUGGUUUCGUGGAAACUUACAGAGAUCCUCAUGGGGUAAGAGGAGAGUGGGAGGGGUUCGUCGCCAUGGUCAAUGUUGAACGGACGGAAGCGUUUGGAAAAUUGGUAUCCAGUGCCGAGGAUAUGAUCCCCAAGCUGCCCUGGGGCAAGGACUUUGAGAAGGACAAGUUCCUCAGCCCAGACUUUACUUCUCUGGAAGUAUUAAGCUUCGCUGGCAGUGGGAUACCUGCCGGUAUCAAUCUGCCGAACUACGAUGAUAUCCGUCAGAAUCUGGGUUUCAAAAACGUCUCCCUCGGAAACGUGCUCAGUGCCAAAGCUCCAAACGAGCCGGUUCCUUUUAUUCCUGAGAAGGAUCUUGAAGUAUAUCGUAACUUCCGUGACCCGGCAUUCGAAGUCCAGGUGGGAAUCCAUGAGCUCCUCGGACAUGGUACGGGCAAGUUGCUGCAGGAAACGGCACCAGGAGAGUAUAACUUCGAUGUGUCCAACCCACCUAUCAGCCCGGUCACCAAUAAGCCUAUUUCGACGUGGUACAAGCCAGGACAGACGUGGAGCUCUGUUUUCGGUCCCAUUGCGUCCUCUUAUGAAGAGUGUCGUGCAGAGUGUGUGGCUAUGGCCUUGAGCUGUGACUUCAGCAUCUUGAAGAUUUUCGGUUUCGGAGACGGUAAAGAGGACCUGUCCAACGAAGCUGGUGACGUCCUGUUUGCGGCUUACUUGCAGAUGGCCCGCGCUGGUGUUGUCGCCCUGGAGUUCUGGGAUCCUAAGAGCCGAAAAUGGGGCCAGGCCCAUAUGCAGGCCCGUUACAGUAUCCUACGAACGUUCCUCGAUGCCGGGGACGAUUUCGUAAAGCUCGUCUAUACUAAGGACGAUCUCUCGGACCUUGAGAUUCACCUGGACCGCUCCAAGAUUCUCACACACGGACGGCCUGCGGUGGAGAAAUACCUGCAGAAGCUGCAUGUGUACAAGAGUACUGCUGACUUCGAAGCAGGCAAGAAGUUGUAUGAUGAGAUCACUCAUGUGGACGACUGGUGGGGAACCAAAGUCCGGGAGGUCGUCCUGCAGAAGAAGAUCCCCCGCAAAGUCUUUGUUCAGGCUAACACGGUCUUGGAAGGGGACAAGGUAGUCCUGAAAGAAUACGAGCCUACGCUCGAGGGCCUGAUCCAGAGCUACGCAGAGCGUAAUGUCUAGGGCCUACACACUAGUCUCGCUUUGUCCGAAGACUUAGGGAAGAACCAUAGAAUAAAUAUAAGACUAUUGAUAAACAGUAAGGAGAAAUCCUUAUAAUUUCAUUGUUGAAAUCAGGUUUUGCCGUAUGUAAAAGGUAUCAUAGGGAAACAGGUCAUCUUGGUUGACCUAAGUGUUGAUUAAAGCUUGGUUUUCGAGAGGUCGCUCUUUUAUGUGCAUCUACAUACAUCUCCAUGCAUGCUGCGAACAAGAAACGUAGCAACCUGUUCAGAUCAUCAAUGCAAUAUACAAUAGAUAUAUCCUCGUCUAC